CCCCUUAUAAAAGGCAAGCACUACGUCUACUCUUACAGUAUCAAAGCUUAUCACUAACUAUAAUACUGACUAUCAGCGAUGAAGCUGCUUCUUCUGUCCAUCCUUCUAACAGGCUGGCUAGGACCAAUGUCAACUAAAGCAACCAAGUCUCCAAUCAUUUUUUUUCCAGGGGUUACUAACUCUGCUCUGGAUGUGAGGAAUAAUGGAGGGGGCUUCUGCAACACUGGAGACACAGCACAGAGGCUGUGGAUAGAGCCAUUGAGACUCUUCCUUUGUGGAGAGCAAGAGCUAAGCCUAAAGUACGAUCCCACAACCAACUUCUUCGAGGGCCGACCAGGAGUGAUGGUGGAGGUGCCGGGAUUUGGAGGGACAGAAGACGUUGAAUAUAUGGGACUAUCUCAGACGCUCCCUUAUCUAGUCACAUUCAUUGAGUACUUUGUUGAUCGUGGCUAUGUCAGAGGAAAGAGCAUCAGGACCGUCCCUUAUGAUUGGAGACUGGCAGCAGAUGAGCUGGAGAGGAGAGGCUACUUCAACAAUGUACAGAGCUUGGUUGAGGAGACUUACAUAGAGAAUGGCAACCAGAAAGUGACUCUAGUGGCACACAGUAUGGGAGGACUGGUAUCACAUCACUUCCUUACUAGCUACUCAGGCAUCAACCAGGAAUGGAAGGACAAGUACAUCCACGCAUGGGUACCACUGUCGGGGGCGUGGUCAGGUGGUGUACAGACACUUGCACGUGUGAUAUAUGGCGGAGAUUUCGACAAUGAUCUACUAUCUUAUGUCAUCAAUGGCUUCCUUGUGCCUAUUCUCCGCACCUUCCCAAGUAUCCCAUGGCUGACCCCAAGGGAGUCAGUGUUCAAGAACACAGUCCUCAUAUCCACACCGAGCACUAACUACACAGCAGCUAAUUUGAAACAACUAUUCGAUAAAAUAGGCUACAAAAAUGGAUUCCAAAUAUACAACCAUCUGACUACUGUCGUUACUCCUAACUUCCCACCCCCGAAUGUGAACACGUUCUGUUACUAUGGUUACAAUGUACCUACUCCGGAAACGUUUGUAUUAAAGCAAGAUUUAAACAAAGAUGUUAUCGGUAUGCAAGCAGCUAAUGUUGUCAUGGGCAACGGUGAUGGUACAGUCAACCAGGCCAGCUCGGCAGUAUGUCAUCAGUGGCAGAGAAUGGACCCAAAAUAUUCCUUCUGGGUACGACAAUAUGAGCAAGUCAAUCACUCAGAGAUGGUGACAAAUGAACGAGUGCUCAGUGAUGUGGCACUAAUUGCAGGGGCCUCCCCGCCCACCAGCCGAGUCAGCAGGGAGCAGUAGUCAACACACUACGUAUAGUGUUGUGUAGAACUUUGGGAACUAAUUAUUUAUUAUUGUUGUUUGCAUAUUAUUAUUUAUGAGAUAUCUACACAAGUUCACAGUCAGUCAUACACAUCGUUGUUGCACUAGUUAUCAGAGCACUAGCAAAUGAACAUAAUUAUUAGUCAUGAAAUUCAACAA